GUAGAGGAUAGACAACUGACACAGACAGGUAGCGGAGAGACAACUGACAGAGAGCAGAUAACUGACACAGACAGGUAGAGGAGAGAUAACUGACACAGACAGGUAGAGGACAGAUAACUGACACAGACAGGUAGAGGAGAGAUAACUGACAGAGAGCAGAUAACUGACACAGACAGGUAGAGGAGAGAUAACUGACACAGACAGGUAGAGGACAGAUAACUGACACAGACAGGUAGAGGAGAGAUAACUGACACAGACAGGUAGAGGAGAGAUAACUGACACAGACAGGUAGAGGAGAGAUAACUGACAAAGACAGGUAGCGGAGAGACAACUGACAGAGAGCAGAUAACUGACACAGACAGGUAGAGGAGAGAUAACUGACAGAGACAGGUAGAGGAGAGAUAACUGACAGAGAGCAGAUAACUGACACAGACAGGUAGAGGAGAGAUAACUGACACAGACAGGUAGAGGACAGAUAACUGACACAGACAGGUAGAGGACAGAUAACUGACACAGACAGGUAGAGGAGAGAUAACUGACACAGACAGGUAGAGGAGAGAUAACUGACACAGACAGGUAGAGGAGAGAUAACUGACACAGACAGGUAGAGGAGAGAUAACUGACAAAGACAGGUAGCGGAGAGACAACUGACAGAGAGCAGAUAACUGACACAGACAGGUAGAGGAGAGAUAACUGACAGAGACAGGUAGAGGAGAGAUAACUGACAGAGAGCAGAUAACUGACACAGACAGGUAGAGGAGAGAUAACUGACACAGACAGGUAGAGGAGAGAUAACUGACACAGACAGGUAGAGGAGAGAUAACUGACACAGACAGGUAGAGGACAGAUAACUGACACAGACAGGUAGAGGAGAGAUAACUGACACAGACAGGUAGAGGAGAGAUAACUGACAGAGACAGGUAGAGGGGAGAUAACUGACACAGACAGGUAGAGGAGAGAUAACUGACACAGACAGGUAGAGGAGAGAUAACUGACACAGACAGGUAGAGGAGAGAUAACUGACACAGACAGGUAGAGGAGAGAUAACUGACACAGACAGGUAGAGGAGAGAUAACUGACAGAGAGCAGAUAACUGACACAGACAGGUAGAGGAGAGAUAACUGACACAGACAGGUAGAGGAGAGAUAACUGACACAGACAGGUAGAGGAGAGACAACUGACACAGACAGGUAGAGGAGAGACAACUGACACAGACAGGUAGAGGAGAGAUAACUGACACAGACAGGUAGAGGGGAGAUAACUGACACAGACAGGUAGAGGAGAGACAACUGACACAGACAGGUAGAGGAGAGACAACUGACACAGACAGGUAGAGGAGAGACAACUGACACAGAGAGACAGACAGCUAAGAGAGAACCAGUUUUUAGGAGCAACAAUGUAUAGAUGUAGUGUUUUUGUGGUUGUGUGUGUAUGUGUGUGUGUGCGUGUGUGUGGUUGUGUGUGUAUGUGUGUGCAUGUGUGUGUGUGCGUGUGUGUGGUUGUGUGUGUAUGUGUGUGCAUGUGUGUGUGUGCGUGUGUGUGGUUGUGUGUGUAUGUGUGUGUGUGCGUGUGUGUGUGUGUGUGUGUGGGUUGUGUGUGUGGUUGUGUGUGGUUGUGUGUGUGUGGUUGUGUGUGUCAGGUCCUGCAGCAGGAGAAGCAUGUUCUCCGGAGGAGAUUGGAGGUAUGUGAACUGUCGUCACAACAGAGAGAGGCGGAGCUAACCUCCGAACUCUCCUCCUUACUGGCCGAGCUGGACCGACAUCACAGCCGGGGGCAGGGCCAGAAGCGGGAGGAGAACACACAGCUGACUGAGCUGGCCAAUCACAACCACCGCCUGGUGGAAGAGUUGGCAGAGGCGGUGUCAGUAGAACACUCAUUGCGUGUGGAACUCCGUUCACUCCGAGAAGAGAUGGAAGACUCCUCCCUCAGCAAAACCAUUAGUUCAACACAACUAGACAACACACAAGCAGAGAACAGGGUGUUGAAGGAGAGGCUGGGUAAUAUGGAGGAACAGUUGAGGCUGUGGCAGGAGGACUGUGAUAGGCUGAGAGGAGAGAGGGAGAGGCAGAGAGACACACUGACAGAUCUACAGACCAAUCUGAGAGAGAGAGAAGACCAGUUGGAGCAGGAACAGAGUGUGGUGUUUGAGUUGCGGACACUAAGCCGUUCUCUAGAGCGGAGAGUCCAGAGGCUGGAAGAGGACACCAGUCUGGACAACACACACACUCGCACACACCCUCUGUCCCUGCUCAGUGAGAUACAGCAGACUCAGGUACUCACACACCCUCUGCCCCUGCUCAGUGAGAUACAGCAGACUCAGGUACCCACAAAGCCUCUGUCCCUGCUCAGUGAGAUACAGCAGACUCAGGUACUCACACACCCUCUGUCCCUGCUCAGUGAGAUACAGCAGACUCAGGUACUCACAAAGUCUCUGUCCCUGCUCAGUGAGAUACAGCAGACUCAGGUACUCACACACCCUCUGCCCCUGCUCAGCGAGAUACAGCAGACUCGGGUACUCACACACCCUCUGUCCCUGCUCAGCGAGAUACAGCAGACUCAGGUACUCACACACCCUCUGUCCCUGCUCAGCGAGAUACAGCAGACUCAGGUACUCACACACCCUCUGUCCCUGCUCAGCGAGAUACAGCAGACUCAGGUACUCACACACACCCUCUGUCCCUGCUCAGCGAGAUACAGCAGACUCAGGUACUCACACACACCCUCUGUCCCUGCUCAGUGAGAUACAGCAGACUCAGGUACUCACACACACCCUCUGUCCCUGCUCAGCGAGAUACAGCAGACUCAGGUACUCACAAACCCUCUGGCCCUGCUCAGUGAGAUACAGUAG